UCCGCAAUUAAAAUAAUUCAUAUGUUCAUUUUAGUUACCAAACUUCUUGUUGGUAAUUACAUAAGAAUUUAUAUAACAACCGAAAUUCAGCGUUGGGUGUGUCGAUCCAGAUUCAGCAGCAUGUGUGCCACUUUUAUCCAAUAUAUAAAUUGCGAAUUUUUUUAAAUGGUUUAUCACAGUUGAAACAGUUAACCCAAAGUGAAUAUCAGAAUUGUGGAAAUGGCUUUUAAGAUCUUAAUUUUCGCCAUCCUCCUCGCCGUGGCCAGCGCCGGAGUGUUGCCGGCCGCGCCCGUCUCCUACGCCACCGCCCCCGUCUACGCCAAACCGGGCGUGGCGGUCGCCCAGCCGGAGGACUACGACCCGAACCCGCAAUACUCCUACGGGUACGACGUCCAGGACGGUCUCACAGGCGACGCCAAGAGCCAAACCGAAUCUCGUAGCGGUGACGUUGUGCAGGGAAGUUACUCCCUCGUAGAUCCCGACGGUACCAAACGUACCGUCGAGUACACUGCCGAUCCGGUCAACGGAUUCAAUGCGGUGGUGCACAGGGAACCGCUGGCUGUGAAAGCCGCCCCCGUAGCUUAUGCUAGUCCGGUUGUUAAAGCUUAUGGACACUAGUUUUUGUUGUUUAGGUUUUAGUUAAUUAAU